CACGUAAAAAUAAUGGCCUGGUACAAAAAUGCCAGCAAAGUCAAGGGCUUUCUUUGCGAUAUUUCAGGGGUCCUUUUCGAUGCUGGCCCUGGUGGAGGAAGUGCAAUAAAGGGAUCAGUUGAGGCGAUCAAAAGAUUAAAGGAUGCAGGUGUACCAAUUCGAUUUCUCACCAAUGAGACCACCUGUACUAGAGAGGCUCUAGUCACACAGCUUCGGGCACUCGGCUUUGAGAUGGAAACUAGUCAAGUCAUCACACCAAUACCUGCUGCUGUCAAGGUUCUGAAGGAACGGAAUUUACGACCAUUUUAUGUUGUCCAUAAAGAUGCACUACCAGACUUCGCAGGAGUUGAUACCUCAAAUCCCAAUUGUGUUGUGAUGGGAGAUGCACAGGAAUAUUUCACAUAUGAGAGGUUGAAUGAAGCACUUGGAAUCCUCAUGAACUUAGAAAAUCCAGUUCUGUUAGCUUUAGGAAAAGGACGAUACUACAAAAGUCACGGGACAUUGUUUCUGGAUGUUGGUGCUUUUAUGAAGGCGAUGGAGUAUGCGACAGGAAUAGAGGCUGAAGUUGUUGGCAAACCAUCCAAGACGAUGUUCUUGACAGCAGUGAAAGAUCUUGGACUGGACCCUGACGAUGCAUUGAUGAUUGGUGACGAUAUCGUAAAUGAUGUAGGUGGUGCUCAGGCAGCAGGCCUUCGGGGACUACAAGUUAGGACAGGAAAGUUUAGGCCAUCUGAUGAGACCCAUCCGCCAGUGAAACCUGAUGGCUACGUGGACAACUUAGCAGAGGCUGUGGACCUUUACCUCAAACAUCGCUAAUAUUGCCUGCUAUAUAAUCUAUGCUAUAUAAUCGAUUAUUUCUUACUUAAUAA